AUGUAAGUUCAUUCUCAAGGGACUAGAUUCCCAAUCAAGAAAGAUGAUAUUCCUAAAAUUAAGGCUUUAAUACAAUCAAUUGAGGAUGAUCCAAACGCAGAGCCAUUCUUAGAACCAGUACAAUGGCAAGAACUUGGAUUAGAUGAUUAUCCAUAGAUUAUCAAAAAGCCCAUGGAUUUUUCAACAGUUAAGAAAGGCUUGGCAAAAGGGAAGUACAAUACUUAUGAUGAGCUUUUCGCAGAGAUAUAGUUGAUAUGGGACAACUGCAAGACUUACAAUGUUGCAGGUUCAGACAUAUACAAGCUUGCUGAGUACAUGGAGAAGGUUUCAAAGCGCUAGAUUUCUAAGUUCAGAUCUCAGAUGGGCAUUCAAUCAGUGAGCUUUGCAGUUCCUAAUAAGAAAGCUGGCGUUGGAAAAGAUAAAAAGAAAUCGGGUGGCAACUAGGAUGAUAAGUCAGAUGGUGAGGAUGAGGAAGAGUCUAAUAUAGUAACAGUUGAGAUGAAAAUAGAUUUUGUCGAAAGAGUAAAGCAACUAAGCAAUGAGGGUCUGACUCAGAUGGUUCAGUAAAUCUAACAAAUAAUACCCUCCGCAGUCAGUGAUAUUGAAAAUGAGAAGCUGCAAAUAAAGGUCGAUGAGUUUGACAAGGAGGCCUUCAACAAGAUAAGCGAUUUUAUUGAUGAGCUACUUCUUAACGAGCAGCCUUCCAAGAGACAAAAAACAGAGUGA